GUUUGAGCGCGGAAAUUUUAUGGUGUAAGGUGUAGUGUAGGCCUUCCAGGGAUUAUAGUCUUUUUAUUUUUCUAAUUCUUUUACUUUUCGGUUUCAUUGUUGUUUAGCUGUUGGUUGACAUUAUUUUACACAUGAACAGUGAACAAUAUUCUAUUUCUGUUAGAUUAGGUAGUAUUUGCCGUGUUUGCAGUUCUGUUGUGUUGUUGAGUGAAAAGUGUUCUUCUUAACUUAAUAAUUUGUGAAAGCCUAUUAUUAUUAUUUGAGCAAAUUUAAAUAAAAAUUUGAAUUUCAUAGUCUGUUUAGGUCUACUUUUGUCGGAAUAAUUUAAAUUAUUACAUUAACAAAUAUUUUUCAAAUUUAUUUAGUUACUUGUGAACGUAGGUAGCAUAGGCCAAAUGGAUAGGCGAGAAUUGCUGAAACCUUCACGUUUUGGAAACGCAGAGAAACGUAGGCUCGUAGACUCCAAAAACCUGAGGGAGCAACGUAGCCUUAGAAGAACAAAUAAUUUUAACCUUCACAGACAAAUUGUACCAGAGGUUGACACAGGUCUAAAUGAAAAUGUACCGGUACCUCCAAAGUUUAACAAACUUAUCGAUCGUAAGCUAGCCUUACAGAAAUUCAAGGCUGAAAAAGAAGCGGAGAAGAAAGCCCAACAAGAGAGGAAAAAACCACCAUUUGUUGUGGGGAUACCACAUCAUGGGUCAUCUCCUUUAUUAAGAAAUGCAAAUGCAUCAGGCAAAAAUAAAAAAGAAAUCCAAAGCACUGCUAAUGCUGAGGUAAGAACAAGAGUGACUAGAGCCUCUACCAGAGCAAUCAAAGGAAAUGUUUUGAAAGAAAAGCCUAAAAAUAUUGUGCAGCCAAAAAAGGUCCCUGCAUUUAAAGCACCACCAUCAGUCAAAGUAUUUCCUUUUAAGGAUAGUAAAACAGUGUUUUCUUUCCAAGCCAAGCAGACCCACAGUGUGAAAAAACUUACAUCACCACACACACCAACAGUACUUAAAAGAUCUGCCCAAAAGAAACCACUCAGAAAUAUAUCAAAUUUAGCAAUUAAGUCGCAAGAGAAACCUGAAAACUCGAAGGAGUGUGAAUCUGACGAAGUGUUAGCAGCCCCUCUUGCCUCAGUGACGGAAGAAAAAAAGAAUCAUACUGAGAUUGUAAACUCUGACCAACAGGAAACAAGUGGAAUGUUAUCAACCCCUCCUCUUGUUUCACCUGUAUUUAAUGACAUCAAACCAACUGAAGAAGUUCUCAAUCAAGAUAACAAGGAUGAUGAAAUCACAUAUCAAGUUGAGUUCCAAAAAUUAAAUUUAUCAAACAAGUCGCAAGAGAAACCUGAAAACUCGAAGGAGUGUAAAGCUGACGAAGUGUUAGCAGCCCCUCUUGCCUCAGUGACGGAAGAAAAGAAGAAUCAUACUGAGAUUGUAAACUCUGACCAACAGGAAACAAGUGAAAUGUUAUCAACCUUUCCUUCUGCUUCACCUGAAAUUAAUGUCAUAAAUACAAAUGAAGAUGUUCUCAAUCAAGAGAAUAGGGAUGAUGAAAUCACAAAUCAAGUUGUCUUCCAAAAUGGUCGUAUACAGACAGAGACAAAGAGACUGCUUGGGAUGGCAGAGCAGUGGCAGGCCAUAGUGCUGCGGGACACUCUACCUGACCAUGUGGUGGAUGAAGUGGACAGUCUGGUGGGCCAAACCCGUCUCCUCACAAGUGACAAGUUCCAACAAUUCCGUCGACUUGUAGUGCAGUAUGAACAAAGAACUGGAACCCAUCCUAUCACAUUGGAUGAUCUAAAUGGCUUUUGGGACAUGGUGUAUUUACAGGUGGAGUCUUUAGACAAGCGAUACACAGCAUUGGAUAGUCUCAAGAACAAUAAUUGGGUUAUGCCUGAGCCAGAACGUAAAAAGAAACGACGUCCAGCCAAAAAACCAACCAAAAAAGAAUCUGAAAAAUUAAUUAAGAUAAAGGACAGCCUGAAACCAGAGUCCAAAGAGGAGCCAAUACAGACACCCACUACAAGUGUGAAGCCUGUCAUUAGCAGUGUGCUGCUGAACAGGAAUCGGACACGCUCCAACUCUCCUUCACCUUACAUAGCCAUGCGACUCUCGGGGAUAGGCAGACCAUCCAGUGCACUUGUUCACCAAGCAACUAAUGAUUUGACACCAAAGAGUAAACUUGCUUCGCCAGAAUCUUUUGGAACACCUAAGAGUGCACGGAAGAAUAACUGGAAAAAGUUAACAGAGUCAACUAAAAAGAGAAGAUCCUUAUUGUCUACAAUACCGUCACCUGCCGAUAUUAAAAUUGAAGAGAAUGAAAACACUGAAGUUAGAAUAAAAAUUGAAAAAAGUGUAGACACUAAAGAUGCAACCUUUGAAGAAACUUUUGAAAAUGAAGAACAUGAAACUGCAGCCGAUGAAAAUGUGCCGCCCAUAACUCCUCGACGGUCCAUGAGGUUGAUGGCUAAAGUUGCAACUCCAGCCUCAUGUUUGACCUGUGAAGCUAGCAGCUGCAAAAAGUCUGGCAGAAACAUAUGCAGUCACUCACCAAAAACAAGACGUUCAAUGAAAGUUUUAAAGUUUUCACCAUCUACAAGUGAACAGAACCGGAAAACUGAAAGUAAUUCGGAAGAAACUACUAAACCAAGUACAUCCAGAGUAAGGUUUUCUUUAAGACCAAGUGUCCUUACAAUCAGUGAAAACAGUGUCACUGAAAUGCCAAAAAAAGCUGCUAAACGAAGACAAACUACUUAUGGUCCUUCAAGCUCAAUACCUGCUGAACAUGCAUCACCAAGAAGACGCACCCCUCGACUGACCAGGAAAGUUACAUUUGACCGAGAAGCUGAUGAAAAAGUAUCUUUCAAGCUGCCAUCCACGCCUUACAGGAAAUUGCAAACAGAUUCGUAAAUGAAGCAGUUUCUGCUAGUAUAAAAUAAAAGAGUACUAGUAUUUCAUGUAUUAAAUGGGAUAUCAACAUUUCUUUACUGAUUGAACUUUAAAUCUUUUUGUCUUCAAGCACUAUUUCUUAAAACUUGCAUUGAUGAUUGUUUAUGUUAUUUGUUGAAAACUUGUUGUCACAAUUGUUUGAGGUACGGUAUAUUAUUCAUGAUAUUUUAUAUGGCAUAUUAUUGCUGUUUUUAUAUAUUGAUACGUUUUUAUUAAAAAUAAAUUUUGAAAAGGAA